AUGGGCGGGGAGGAUGAAGACUCGUUGGCGUACUCGCCGACGUGGGUGGUGGCCGCCGUCUGCACUCUCAUCAUCGCCAUUUCCCUCUCCGUCGAACGUCUCAUGCACUUCACCGGAUCGUAUCUGAAGAGGAAGAAUAAGAGGCCGCUAUACGAAGCUCUCCAUAAAGUUGAAGAAGAGUUGAUGCUGUUGGGGUUUAUAUCAUUGCUGUUGGCUGUGUUUCAAGAUCGCAUAAACAAAAUCUGCAUGCCUCCGAAGUCGAUGCGUCAAAUGCUUCCGUGUACGGCGUCUCCGGAAAAAGUCGCUGUGGAGUCUGAAAUGGCUCCUGUUUACCCAGGCGCGGAGUUCCAUAAUCAGCCAGCGCCGCCUCCAAUGCUCAGAUUCCACGGAGAAGGCGCUACUUACUGCGCUAAGAAGAAUAAGGUGCCAAUACUAUCUGUCGAAGCCUUGCAUCACCUGCACAUCUUUAUCUUUGUCUUGGCAACCGUGCACGUUACAUCUACCCUCCUUACCAUUAUAUUUGGAGGAGUGAAGAUACGGCAAUGGAUGAACUGGGAGGAUGAAAUUGCAAAAUCUAGUUAUGACUUCUCUGCUGUUAUGCAAAUAGGGGUCACUGAUGUCCAACAGCAUGAUUUCAUUAAGUCUCGAUUUAAGGGCAUUGGUAAACGUUCAGCUAUCGUGGGUUGGUUGCACUCCUUCGCUAAGCAGUUUUAUGGUUCUGUCACCAAGACAGAUUAUAUGGCACUUCGUUUGGGAUUCAUUAUGACACAUUGCAGAGGAAAUCCAAAGUUCAAUUUUCACAAGUACAUGAUUCGUGCGUUGGAAGAUGAUUUCAAGAAAGUUGUUGGAAUUAGUUGGUAUUUGUGGGUAUUUGUCAUUCUCUUCUUGUUGCUGAAUGUUCACAAUUGGCAUACAUAUUUUUGGGUAUCAUUAAUUCAUUUUGGACUUGUUCUUGCUGUAGGUACUAAGCUGCAGCAUGUGAUUAUACAAUUGGCUCAUGAGGUUGCUGAGAAGCAUGCUGCCAUAGAGGGUGAAUUGGUUGUGCAACCUUCAGAUGAUCACUUCUGGUUUCACCGCCCCAGAAUUAUUCUGUAUUUCUUACACUUCAUUCUCUUCCAAAAUGCUUUUGAAAUAGCAUUCUUCUUCUUGAUAUGGAUGGAAUAUGGCAUUCAUUCCUGCAUAAUGGAGCAAUCCAAGUACUUUGUGCCUAGGCUCGUCAUAGGGGUUAUCAUUCAGAUACUUUGCAGCUACAGCACAUUGCCACUGUAUGCCAUUGUUACACAGAUGGGAACCCACUUCAAGCAGUCGAUAUUCGAGGAUCAUAUACGAGCCAGCCUCGUGGACUGGGCUCAAACGGCGAAGCGGAAGCAUGAGGAAAAAGCUGCUGCAAUGGCAGACUCCUCUGCUGCUGCAAAUGCUACACCAAAUGCUGGAGAUGAAGGUUCAUCAUCCACAGCCACAGGCGUGCAGAUGGGAGAGAUUCGGCCAGCCAACCAGGACCAGACAACCAUUGAUAUUCACCGUGCUUGA